ACUCGUGCUCAUUGAUUUCACAUUUCAUCAACUUCCACAGGAUAAGGUAUGAGCUCUGUUUUACUGGAAGAAAGUGGUAAAAACCACAUCAGCAACUCAAGCUCAUGAAGCAGAGACAGAGAAAUCUCAGAACCAUCACUCCCACUCUAUGAAUGGUGAAAAGAAUGACUCAGAUGACACAACGGUUGAUAUUUCCCGUUGGUCUCGCUGUAAGAAGCCCCUUCCCCAGAAAGUCAUGCGCUCAAUUAGGAUCCCCUUGCCACGUGAACACGUUGAGGUAAUUGAGGAGAAUCUGGAGUGGGAAGACGUGCAAUGGUCCCAAACAGGUGUCUGGAUAGCUGGAAAAGAAUCCACACUGGCACCGGUGCAUUAUCCAUCGUCUAAUUAGCUGUUAUUUAAUGUUUAUUAUUACAUCUGUACUCUAAUUUCAUGUCUUCUAAGUGCUAAAUUACAUGGAUACUGAAUUAUUGGGCUCAUCUCUUCAGCUGGUGAGGUUGGCACUUCCACAAAUAGAAUGUCAGUGUUGUGCUCUAUUUUUUAUCAGAUAACACCUUCCCUUCUAUCUUCUCU